AAUUCAACAUAGGGAAGACCGACAUGACAUUAUCCACUUGCAACUGAACACGAUCCAACAUGGCCAGCCGGCAGCAGCCCGUUUUGCCCCUCGCCCAGAGGUACGUAAACGGGGUCCCCGUCCCCGAAAAGCGAUUCAGUUUACGGACAUCAGAGAAGUACUUUGUCUACUUGAUAGUGUUAGUAUUCAUCAGCCUUUGCUACAGCGCCUUAUUUCUCCUACCCGAACUCCGGACUCGAACCACGUAUGUGGACGCACCGGAAAAGAUGUUCCAACACAAUGUUGAUUUGCCGGGGGGAAAUAAAGGGGGCGUUGUUGGGCACAAUCCCUUGGACAAAACGGGGGAGGAUAUACACGGCUCAGAAGACAAAAAGAAAUUUAGAUUACAGUUGCGACUAGAUGAAACUUUACAGCGGGCUAAGGAUGCCCUAAAUGGGGGCAUGAAUAUGGGUAAGGAAAUUGUUCAAGACAGUAAAAAAGAUGGGAUGGGAGAAAAUGCCGAAAAAGACGACAAGUUACGUGUUGACGUCGCCAAGGACGAGCACAAAGAUGUGAAAGAAGAGGUGGAUCAGGAUAAACAGAAGUUCUUAGAGAAGCAGAAGGAGGAAGAAGCCAAACGGAAGGAGGAGCAAAAGGAGGCGGAUUUGAAGAAGGCGGAAGGAAACUUUGAAGGUGUCAAUCUGCCGGACGGAGAACCAGAUGACGAGGAGUCCAAGAAACGAAGGGAUGCUAUACGAGAGAUGAUGCUACACGCCUGGAAUGGCUAUGAGAAGUACGCCUGGGGAGCCAACGAGCUCAAGCCCAUCUCCCACGUGGGCCACUCGGCGAGUAUCUUCGGUCGCUCGUCGGUGGGGGCGACCAUCAUCGACGGCAUGGACACGCUCUACAUCAUGGGUCUCAAGGAUAAAUUCUUGAAGGCCCGGACGUACGUGGCCCACGAUUUCCACUUCUCUGCUACGACCGACCUUUCGGUGUUUGAGGUCAACAUCAGAUUCGUCGGUGGUUUGCUGUCUGCCUACGCCCUAACUGGUGAUGAGAUAUUCAAGACGAGAGCCAAAGAGAUAGCCGAUAAGCUGCUCCCGGCAUUCAACACACCGACUGGCAUACCCUACGGUCUGGUCAACAUAAAGAGUGGGAGCGGGCGCAACUGGGGCUGGGCCUCGGGGGGUAGCUCCAUCAUCGCCGAGUUUGGAAGUCUGCACCUGGAGUUUAUGUACCUCUCAGAAAUAACGGGAGAACCUGUGUAUCGUCAAAAGGUUGAUAAGAUCAGAGAUGUACUGAACUCUAUGACCAAGCCUAACGGCCUCUACCCGAACUAUCUCAAUCCUAAGACUGGCAAAUGGGGACAGCAGCAUGUAUCUCUGGGUGCUCUAGGCGACAGUUUUUACGAGUACCUGAUCAAGUCUUACAUCCAGUCAGGCCUAAAGGAUGAGAGAGCCAAGAAGAUGUACUUUGAAGCUGUUGAGGCCAUCGAAAAGAAGAUGAAGCAGACCUCGCCAGGCGGACUGACGUAUAUCGGGGAAUGGCGAGCCAAUCGCAUUGAGAAGAAGAUGGACCACUUGUCGUGUUUCUCCGGUGGAAUGUUUGGCCUGGGAGCUCGGUACUCGAACAAGAAGGAGCAUUAUCUUGAGCUAGGCGGGCAGAUUGCAGAGACUUGUCACCAGGCCUAUGAUAACACAGCAACUAAACUUGGCCCCGAGGCGUUCCGUUUCGAGGGUCGUUCGGAGGCUGUGGCCAUGCGACAGAAUGAGAAGUACUACAUACUGAGGCCCGAGACGAUAGAAUCUUACUUCGUGAUGUGGAGGCUAACACACGACCAGAAGUAUCGGGAGUGGGGCUGGGAGGCAGCAGAGGCUUUGAACAAGCACUGCCGUGUGGACAGUGGUUACUCCGGCAUACGGGACGUCUAUGCAACCAAAGUCGGCCACGACGAUGUACAGCAAAGCUUUUUCCUCGCCGAAACUUUAAAAUACCUUUAUCUGUUAUUUUCAAAUGACGAUCUUAUACCACUAGACCAGUGGGUGUUAAACACAGAGGCCCAUCCCUUUCCAGUUAUUAAAAACUGGUCAACUUGAGGCCUUGUUUUUUUUAAUUAAACAAAUCCCUAAUUUUUUUCCACAGAUUUUCUUGGAUAAAUUAAAUGGGCCCUAAAGUGUGUAUAAGGUGGUCUCAACAUGUACAAGGCGAGUCAGAAAAACUGAAAUGAUGCAAAAGAGUC